AUGCCUGACUUGGUUCCAGCAUUGCCAAGGUCAGGCUUAACAUUUGAGCCGGCGAGCAAGAGGUUGAAGCUUGAUUUGGAGAAGACGGAUGCAAUUGGAGGAGCUAAAAAGGCGACAAUUACUCCAGAGAAUUCUCUGGCUCCAGUGACUCCAGCUCAGAGUACGGAAUUUGAGGUGGAUCAGACGAAGAAGCACAGAUUUUCUGGAGUGUCUUCUGAUCCAAGCGGCAGAUGGGAAGCCUAUCUUUACAACUCCAGGCGAAAAAUAUAUCUUGGAAAUUGGGACGACGAGAAGGAUGCAGCAAGGGCUCAUGACAGGGCUGCGAUUUCAAUUUUUGGGAGGCAAUGCACAACAAUCAACCUUCCCCUUUCAGAAUACGGGGACGAGGUUCCAGUUUUGGAGAUGCUACCAGCUGAGCAAGUCAUAUUCUCUCUCAGAGCGGAGGCAAAGCACAGGCGCAGACUUAGCAAGCUUGCUAACAAGAAAGACCUGCCUCGAGGAAACCAGAAUGGGAUGCAUGCAAAUGGUGUGGUUAAUGGCAAGUCCCCAUCUGUCAGUGGAGGUUCUCCAUGGCACUUUUUCCCAUGUGACAAUGGGAGUAACUCAAGCUUCAAUUUCAACUCAAGCAUUCUGUCAUUCAAGCUGCCAGAAACUCAAUUGCAAGCAGAUGACAAUGCUGGUCAUCAGGCGCAAACACCCACAGUGCAGCUGCAAAAGGGGUCACGUGUCCUUGUUGCCCCACCGCAACCUCUCCUUGUUGGAGCAGAGGGCAAGGCUGCAACCCGUCAUGCAAGGAAGAGACGCGUGCAGAAUGGACUGCACAAUAUGGGAAGUCCGCACGUGGCACAUGAGCCCUACAUGGAGGGCUGUGAAGUGCAGGAGAAACACGAUGUCAGAGAUGGUUCUCUUUUAGCCUGCUAUUUUGGGAGCAUGGUUCACCCAAGGUUGAGUCAGCAGCACUCCCUGAUUUACAGGCCAACUGCUCACUUGGCAACAUCACAACCAGGGCUUUGGGCAUUGGAGGAUAAGACCUUGAAGUGCCAUGGCGCAACACACAUUGAUCCUGAAUCUGAUCAUCGCAAACGGGGACGCUCUGGAUCAGAGGUGCAACAGCCAGCAUUCUCUCACAAUGCAAGAAGCCCCUUCAAGCGUGUGGAAAGGAAGCCUAUCACCAGCUAUGGCCUUCUUUCGCUGGGUGGAUUCCCUUAG